UCCUUCUAUACGACCGCUCUCGUUUGAACUGGUUCUUAUUUAUUUGUUUAACUAAAAUGGCAGAAGUUAAUGUUUUAAUAAAUGAAGACGAGUUCUGCUGUUCAGUCUGUUUGGAAUUACUGAAGGAUCCAGUGACUUUAACUUGUGGACACAGUUACUGCAUGUCCUGCAUUACUAGUAGCUGGGAUCAGCAGGUAGGGAUCUACACUUGUCCUCAGUGCAGAGCAACCUUUGAUAAAAGGCCUUCUCUACGCAGGAACAACUUGCUGGCUGGUUUAGUGGAGAAAAUAAAACAACGUGGACUAGAACUCUCUGAUCACUGUUAUGCUAAAUCUGGAGAUGUGGAGUGUGAUAUCUGUACUGGAAUUAAAUACAAAGCAGUCAAGUCCUGCCUGGUAUGUCUGGCAUCUUACUGUGCAGAUCAUUUUCGACCUCACAAGGAAUCUUCUGCCCUGAUGAAGCAUACUGUGACUGAAGCCUCUGCAAAGCUACAUGAGAAAAUCUGUCCACAGCAUGGAAAACCUCUGGAGAUAUUCUGUCGUACAGAUCAGAAAUGCAUUUGCUAUCUAUGCACCUUGGAUGAACAUUCCAACCAUAAUUUUGUUUCAGCUGUAGCUGAGAGAGCAGAGAAAGAGAAACAGGUAUUAGAGACCCAGAUCAACUACACACAGAGAAUUCUGGAGAGGGAGGAGGACCAUGUAGAGCUGAUGGAAUCUUUAGAGUCAAUCCAGAAUUCCGCACAAGUAGCAGUUGAGGACAUUCGAAGGUUAUUUCAAGAGCUUAUUCAGUCCGUUGUGAUAAAAUGCUCUGAGGUGACAAACCAGAUAAGUGCUCAGGAGAAUGUUGAAGUUACUCACACCAAACAACACCUGAAGCAAGUGGAGCAGGAGAUUGUUGAGCUCAAGAGUAAAAACGAAGAGCUUAAGCAACUCUUACAGACAAAAGAUGACAUCCUUUUCCUCCAGAGUUUCCAGUCUUUCCAUGAUCUUAGGCUACCUGAGGCCAUUUCCAGGGUAAACAUUAAUAUGCCACGCUCAUAUGAGGAUGUAAAGAUAUUUGUCCAUAAGCUUAAAGAGAAUAUCAAAAGUACCAAACUGUAUCCUGAUUCAGCUUCUCAAAUGAACAGUAACCAAAUGACUUUAGAGAACUCUCGGGAACUCUCACAAAUCCCAACCAUCAACCUUCUUUCCAAUCCGUUAGCAGAAUUAGAAACUACUUUUGUAAUUUCAUCAACACCUGAAACUAAACCCCAACCCAUGUUUGAUUUAAAAAACUCUACAUGGUUUGGGUUGUCCUCAAUACCUGAAACUAAGCCUGAAUACACCUUUGGUUUAAAAAAAAAUACAGGGUUUGGGUUGUCCUCAACACCUACCACUAAGCCCAAAUCCACCUUUGAUUUAAAAAAAAAUACAGGGUUUAGGUUUUCCUCAACACCUGCCACUCAAUCCCAAACCAGGUUUAGGUUUUCCUCAACACCAGACACUCAACCCCAAUCCCUUUUUGGUUUCACAAAGCCUAGCGGGUUUGGGUUGUCCUCACCACCUGACAGUCAACCCCAAACUGUAUUUGGGUUGUCCUCAACACCUGACACUCAAUCCCAAACUCUGUUUGGGUUGUCCUCACCACCUGCCACUCAAUCCCAAACUGUAAUUGGGUUGUCCUCAAGACCUGGAACUCGGGUCCAUGUGGCCCGAGAAAUUCGGAUAAGCGGUAGAAAAAAAUGAAUGUAUGUAUUUGGGUUGUCCAACACCUGACACUGAAUCCCAACAUGUAUUCUCUGCAACACUUGACAGUCUUUGUUUGUAUUUGGAAUCAGAUCAAAACCUACCGCUUAAAACUAAUCUGUAUUUUGGUUCUCCUCAAAAUCUGCCACUCAAUCCCAAUCUAUGUUUAUGUUGCAAUCCCCACAAAUGCUACUCAAUCUGUUUUUUGGGUCCUCUCAAACCCUGACACUCAAGCCCAAUCAGAAUUUGGGUUUUCCUCAACACCUGAACCCGUAUUUACGGAAAUUCUUAGUAUAAAGAGUUGCUCCUAGUGAUGCAAUUCUUAGAGAUGUGGGUGUUUCCUUUUAAAGUGAAAGAGAAUAUCCUAAAACGAUAAAAGUUAUUCACAAAGCAUCUUAACCCUUAAAAGAGCUUAUAAGGUCAAAAAUUCUUAGGAGUACAGAGAAGGACUUUUAAGUUUCAUUAACAGAGGAGAAACUUGGGGACAGGUGAAGAGGGAGAAAAAAUGUAUUGCAUACAAUAUUUACUAAUGAUAGUGAGUUAAUAAGAUUCUACAGGUUAUUUCGUGGAUUAUUUUUGCGACCAAUCAUAUUAGAGAAAACAUCUCUGACACAGAGCAGAUAUGGCAUUUAUUCUGCCGCUAUGUCAUUUGGAGAUAUUCUAACAUCUCCAGAACAGAGCUGAAAUGCCAUAGCAGCAGAAAUUAUUAUAUAUUUUGGCGCUGUGACAUUUCUUUUCUGUGUCAGAGAUGCUUGCAUUUACAUUAGAUUUGUUACAUUUGUAACAUACAGAUGUUAGCACAUCUCUAAUAUGAUUGGUCACAAAUGUAAUCCCACUAUACACUAUAGCAUUAUAUCUUAACAUAGAGACAAAGUGAAGAGUCUUUAGAUAUUUUUAAAAGUUUUUGUUGGACAACCAAUCACAGUCAUCAAAAGAGUGUGUCAUACCUAGUCACAGGGUCAGCCCUGCCUCCUCUCUAAGAUAAAAGUUUUUGUCUUUUCUUUACUCAGCUCUUCUUGCUCUGAGAUUGAAUCCUGAAUCACUCUCAAGCUAAGAUUCCUAGUUAGAAUUUUUUAAGCUAAAUUAGGAGCUCUUUGAGAGUUUAGAAUCUUUAUGAAUACGGGCCCUGAUGUUUAAUCUCAUUCAAUACUUCAACACCUGUCACUCAAUCUCAAUCUGUUUGGGAUUCAAUCAGCUAUGAUAUGCCCUGCUUCUGAAUGCUGGUGUGCCCCAUCCAAAACCUAUGAGUCAGACAUAAAAUAACAGUAGCAAUACAGUCGAUUUAAAAAGUUUAAGUAAGUUUACAUUGAUUUUUUUUUUUUUUUUUUACAUUCUUGUGUGUUCACUCCACACUUUAACUUAACUGAAAGCUUCCGCAUUGGUGUUUGAGUUAGGAAGAAUAGUACGGAAGAAACAGGAAAGUGUUUCAAAACUGUCACUAUUUAAAAAUAGAGUAAUAAACAUGUAUAGAAUAUUAGCUAGAAAGAUGGUGUGGCUUCAGGGGUGCGUGUGAUGUACUUUCUUUUAAGGUACUCUCAAUUAGUGAUUUUUUUCAACAGACAAUUGUAAAACUGUAUUAAAUAUUACAUACACAUUUCAUCAUUAAAACGCCGACUGAAGACCUACAUAUUCAGGAAACUACAUAUUCAAUUUCAACUAACACUUCUUUCCCUAUCUUUUGCAUUUAAAAAAAAUAAAUAAACACACACAACCUUUGAUACUUUUUCAUUGUAACAUUGAACAAUGUUUUAAACUCAUGGUGUCUUAAGUAUGUAACCUAGUGAGCCAGCAUUAAUGUAUCCAAUGUUAGAGAUUUAAGCACUUAUGUGCGUCGCUCUGGAUAAGGGCGUCUGCCAAAUGUAAAUGUAAAUACAACGUUUGAUACAGUCAUGGGGAAAAGAAAGUACACACUCCAUCAGUUCUUUGUUUAUUUCUCUGAGCAUAGAUAACAAUUGUGUGGUCACCAAAUUCUAUAAAAAGUUAAUAACCUAAAAUGACAACAAAAACACACAACAGGUCAUGUGGCUGCAGAAUAAACCAAAAUCAAGCUUGGGUUUUUCUUUAUAUCUCUGAGCAUUGAACCAUCUGACUAUUAAAUUAAAUUUGCUGGGACACCAACUCCUGGGACUAUUGUCAACUAUCUUAAAAACUGCCCAUUUGCAAACAAUUGUUCAUAUUAUAGAAUGAUAAAUUUCAGUUUGUUUUGUGAUAACCUUAUAAUGCUUAACAGAUUGAAAAGCAGCAACAAUUGCUUCUCUGAGAUCAAGGCUAAUGCCCUUUCUUCUUGGAAUGAUGUAGACACAGCUGAAUGUUACAGGCUUUUAGGCUUUUAUUGUGGUAGUCACACUUCUUGAUGAAUAACUUAUCUCGUUCAUUUAUUUAGUAGCACCUGGCUAAUUUCUCUCUUACAUAUCGUGGAAAUAGGAAUGGUGCAGUUAUUUUUUCCCCAUUUGGUUUCUGAAUGUAGUUUGACUGCAUCAUGAUAUCUAUUGUGGGUUUUGUCACAUGAAGCUAUUUGUUUCCAAAAGUUUGUAAGAACCAUAUAAUUGUUAGUUAGACCCAGGUAAAUAAAAACCUAUUAUUAAAGGGGAAGUGUACUUUCUUUUUUCAGUGACUGUACUGUAAA